UUGUACAGUAGCCCUCCUGCAACCUGCAAGCUAAUCUGUGCGGCUGCAGCGCGCCAGGCCGCAUAGUUCCAGAACCUUACUGCCCUCUCCAAGCGUCGAAACGUGCGACGGUACGGCAGCUUUGUUCAGCGCCCGCCAUCCCGGACGGCUAGCAGCACGACCGAAGCUCGAUGCCUCGACGCCGCCGUGUCGCAGCAGCGCCUCAGUUGCACCCUGGGUUUGCGAUUGCCCUACAACAGGCUAGCCGCGUUUCCUUUUCCAUCCCUAGACGCCUGGGCAUUGAAACUGAGCCUGUGGAUCGAUGGGCAUGUGGCUCCGCCUUUCCGCUCGAUGCAGGGGAGUUGGUACCGGUGGUGGGUGCGUGGAGGUCGGUACAUAAUGGGCGUGGUGGCCCCAUCUGUCAGCCAUUGCCGGCGCGCGUCAUCUGCUCACGAAACAUACAAUUAUCUACUGAUUUAUUCUGGUGGUCUACGAACGCAGUAUACGGUCCGCGAGGGAUGACGACCUGCUGAUUGCCUGCGCCAUCAUACUCGUACUGAAGGCGUCUUUGAGAAAACGCGUUGCUCCUUCAGUUCAGCGAACGUCCUGCGAAAGGACCCGAGCAGGGUUGUUACCC